UUUUUAUAUUAUAUAAGAUAAGAUAUAUCCCAAAAUAAUAAGUUGGGCAGCUGAACUAUAUUUGGAGCCAAACAUGGCAGAAGCUAUGUCCAGAAACUCCUCUAAUCUCAGGUUAUCAGGCAAAAUAGCCAUCAUCACAGGAGGUGCCAGUGGCAUCGGUGAAGCCACGGCGCAUGUCUUUGCUAACGAAGGCGCCAGCCAUGUUGUGAUUGCUGAUAUCCAAGAUGAACUUGGCAAUCAAGUAGCUACGUCCAUCGGCAACCAAAGGUGCACCUACAUCCACUGCGAUGUAGCAGACGAAGAUCAAGUCAAAAAUCUCAUUCAAUCAACGGUUAAUACUUAUGGACAGGUAGAUAUAAUGUUCACCAAUGCCGGAAUCUUUAGUCCAACCGAUCAAACUGUGUUGAAACUCGACAUGUCCCAACUAGACCGUUUAUUCACAAUCAAUGUUCGAGGAAUGGCAUUGUGUGUGAAACAUGCCGCACAUGCUAUGGUGGAGGGGCGCAUUAGGGGGAGUAUUGUGUGCACGGGGAGUGUUCACAGUAGUCAUGGAUUCCUGAGGUCAACGGAUUACACGAUGUCAAAGCACGCAGUAUUAGGGCUAAUGCGUGCAGCCAGUGUGCAACUGGCUGCACACGGAAUAAGAGUGAACUGUGUCUCACCGAAUGGACUAGCGACACCUUUGACUUGUAAAUUAUUAGGGGUGAGUAAGGAAAAGGCACAAGAGACUUAUAAGGGAUAUGCAAGACUUGAAGGAGUGGUGCUCACACCUAAGCAUGUGGCAGAUGUUGUAUUGUUUUUAGCUUCGAAUGAUGCUGAGUUUGUCACCGGCCUUGAUCUUAGUGUCGACGGUGGAUUUGCUUAUGGAAAAUAGUGUUUUAUACAACAAAAAAAUAAUCAAGGGAAUUAUGCAACUUUAUUUGAUAUGUUCAUUUUUCUUGUGCCACACAAGCAUGGACUAAUAUGAGCGAAAGUGAAAAAAAGAUUCGAUGAUGAAUUUGAUUGAGAUGCAGAAAAUCAUUCGCUUGUUGAUGGUCGUUAUACAACAAUUAACUCUUCCCCAAAUCUAUAAAUUGAAACUCUAAUUUUUCAAUCUCUAAAUCUACAGUCCAAAAUUUCAAAAUUUCUUCCAUUAACUAUCAACCAUUUCUUCC